AUGGGAAGGAGUCAUUUUGUCAUAUUCAUCAUUCUUUUGAACUUUCUGCAGAUUCUUGAUCCUUCUUUUUCACUUCCCUUGUGUACUGAUUCAAGGGCUCCUUUUCAGCAAAAGACUCCUCUAGCAUUCUGUUCUUACAAUGGAACCUCAUGCUGCAACUCCACUGAUGAUAAACAACUUCAGACUCAGUUCAAUGCUAUGAACAUUUCUGAUUCUAGUUGUGCUUCUCUUGUAAAAUCUGUCAUCUGUGCGAAGUGUGAUAAAUUUUCAGCAGAGCUGUUCAGAACUGAUUCUGUUCCUCGACAACUUCCUAUCUUGUGCAACUCCACAACUUCAGAAAAUUCAAACAAAAGUAGCCAAACUAAGAAUGACUUUUGCUCUAAAGUAUGGACUACAUGUCAAAAUGUGUCUAUCAUAAGUUCUCCUUUUGCUGCUUCUGUCAAGUCCAAUUCCACAAAGUUGACAGAUCUAUGGAAAUCACAAAUUGAUUUCUGUAAUGAGUUUGGUGGAGCUUCUGGGGAUGGAUCAGUAUGCUUCGCUGGAGAACCUGUCAGCUUAAAUACCACCACACCUAUAAGUCCUCCAGGAGGUUUGUGUCUUGAGAAAAUUGGAAAUGGUAGUUACAUCAAUAUGGUUGCUCAUCCUGAUGGCUCUAGUCGUGCUUUCUUCUCGAAUCAGCAAGGGAAAAUAUGGCUGGCUACUAUUCCAGAAGUCGAUUCAGGAAAGCUGUUAGAUCUUGAUGAGUCUAGUCCUUUCUUGGACCUAAUAGAUGAAGUUCAUUUUGACACUGAACUGGGAAUGAUGGGGAUUGCAUUUCAUCCAAAGUUCUCACAAAAUGGACGAUUCUUUGUUUCAUUUAAUUGUGAUAAGCAAGCAUGGCCUGGAUGUGGAGGAAGAUGUUCUUGUAACUCAGAUAUAGACUGUGAUCCAUCAAAACUACCUAGUGAUAGUGGCUCCCAACCAUGCCAAUAUCAAGCUGUGAUAGCAGAAUUUACUGCUAGUGGAUCCCAGCCAACACAGGCAAAAACUGCCAGCCCAAAAGAAGUCAGAAGGAUAUUCACCAUGGGCCUUCCAUUUACAGGUCAUCACGGAGGCCAGAUACUUUUUGGACCGAGAGAUGGAUAUUUGUACUUCAUGAUGGGCGAUGGCGGAGGUAUAGGUGAUCCUUACAAUUUUUCCCAAAACAAGAAGUCAUUGCUGGGAAAGAUUAUUAGGCUUGAUAUUGAUAGCACAUCCAGUGUAGAAGAGAUCACAAAGCUCGGUUUAUGGGGAAACUACUCUAUACCAAAGGAUAAUCCUUACGCUGAAGAUAAAGAGUUGCAGCCUGAAAUAUGGGCUCUAGGAAUGCGAAAUCCUUGGCGCUGCAGCUUUGAUUCUGCUAGACCAUCUUACUUCAUGUGUGCUGAUGUAGGACAGGAUAAAUUCGAAGAGGUGAAUAUAAUCAGCAAGGGAGGUAACUAUGGCUGGAACGAGUACGAGGGUCCUUACCUUUACACUCCUUCGAAAUCUCCCGGAGGAAAUAAAUCUAUGAGCUCCAUAAACCCCAUUUUCCCAGUCAUGGGAUAUAAUCAUUCUGAUGUGAACAAGAAUGGAGGGUCAGCAUCAAUUACUGGUGGAUACUUCUAUAGGUCCAUGACUGAUCCCUGCAUGCAAGGAAGGUAUCUUUUUGCUGAUCUGUAUGCAGGUUUCAUGUGGGCAGGCACUGAAAAUCCAGAGGACAGUAGAACAUUUAACACUAGUCAAAUUUCUUUCAACUGUGCUCAGAAAUCACCAAUAGAUUGUACUUCUGUUCCUGGAAGCUCAGUUCCAGCUUUAGGCUACAUAUUUUCAUAUGGUGAAGAUAACAAUAAGGACAUGUAUAUUCUUGCAAGUAGUGGAGUUUACAGAGUUGUUCGUCCUAGUCGAUGUAAAUACACUUGUGCAAAGGAAAAUUCUUCUGCUGUUGAUGAUGAUAUCCCAUCUAGUCCUCCUCCUGCUUCCCCUCCUUCAGCAGCAAUCAUGUUAACAGGUUCAUACAGUAACUUUGUAGUCAUUUUAAUGUCACUUAUGUUGAUGCUGACUAGUUGGCUUUAAUGUAUAGAGAGACACAGAGGCUUCUCAAUUGACAAGUCUUGUACAAUAAAGCUAUUCUUUUCUCUUUCUGGAGUUGUAUCAGAUGUAACAUAUCAAUUUUCUUUUUAUGGUAAAGUGUUCAAACAU